GCAACGCGUUGCUAAUGAAUGUCGCUCCAGCCCAGUUUGCAAGCUACUGAAGUAAGGAAGCCUCUGUGUUUGGGAGAUACUCUGUUCAGACUUUAAGCAAGUAAAACAAGGAACCCUCUUCGUCUGGCACAAAUAUAAGACUGCCAAUGAUGUUUGAUUUUUAUUUUUUGUCCAAAAGAUAUGAUUAUUCCGGCAGUUCCAUAUUCAGAGGGCUGUGAACGAAUCCGUCCAUGAGAAUAAGGAGUGACGGAGAAGGACAACGCGAGGCCGGGGAUUCACACUUUUUGCAGGCCGCUGUGUAAAACGGCGUGCUUAUAGAUUCUGAGCAGAUAUGUCGGACUGCGAGGGAUUUCAGUUUGUCAGCCCCUUUGCUUUUGAAGCCAUGCAGGAGGUCAAUGUGGUGCGACUAGCAGCCCUUAGCGAUCCUGAGUUAAGGCUGCUGCUUCCAUGUCUGGUCAGAAUGGCUCUGUGUGCACCUGCGGACCAGAGCCAGACCUGGGCACAAGAUAAGAAACUCAUCCUUCGUCUACUGUCAGGAGUAGAGGCCGUCAAUUCCAUUGUGGCCCUGUUGUCGGUUGAUUUUCAUGCCUUGGAACAAGAUGCCCGAAAGGAACAGCAGCUCAGACACAAACCUGGUGUUUCCAAUGGAGAUGGCAUCUUGGUCUCUCAACUUCAGCAUGGCUUGACUUUGGAAUUUGAGCAUAGUGAUCCACUUCGCAGGCUGAGAUUGGUUCUUAGUGAGCUGUUGGCCAUUAUGAAUAAGGUGUCUGACUCAAAUGGAGAGUUUUUCUUGAAGUCUUCUGAGCUUUUUGAAAGCCCAGUCUACCUUGAAGAAGUAGCAGAUGUGCUUUGCAUUUUGCAGGCAGAGUUACCUUCACUGCUGCCUAUUGUGGAUGUUGCAGAGGCCUUGCUGCAUGUUCGAAAUGGAGAGUGGUUCCUUUGCCUUUUAGUGUCAAAUGUUCCUGACAGUUUUAAUGAAGUUUGUAGAGGAUUAAUCAAAAAUGGGGAGCGUCAAGAUGAAGAAAGCCCAGGAGGACGGCGGAGGACAGAGGCUUUGCGGCAGCUGUGUCGAAUGAACCCUUCACAAGCCCUGAAUGUCCGUGCAAUGGUGGUGGAGCAGUGCCAUCUCCCAGGUCUUGGUGUAGCUUUGACACUCGACCAUACCAAAACAGAUGCUGCAGAUGAUGCAGUGAGCAACCUGGUGUCUUUCAUUAGUGGCUUGUUACUGGGCACAAAUGCAAAAGUACGCACCUGGUUUGGCAUGUUCAUCCGAAAUGGCCAGCAGAGAAAAAAGGAAAGCUCUUCAGUUCUGUGGCAAAUGAGAAGGCAGCUGCUCUUAGAAUUGGUAGCCAUCCUGCCGCGAUCUAGAAGUACUCAUGUCCCAAAUGACAAUGAUGUGGACACAGAGCAGCCGCCAUCUGGAUACUCUGGGCUCAGAGAGGAACGUGUCGUCAAGGCCAGUGCCCUCUUGCGUCUGUACUGUGCACUAAUGGGGAUAGCCGGGCUCAGGCCCACAGAUGAGGAGGCUGAACAGCUACUGCAGCUCAUGACUAGCCGGCCACCUGCUACUCCGGCUGGUGUGCGUUUUGUCUCUCUCUCCUUUUGCAUGCUAUUGGCCUUCUCGACACUUGUCAGCACACCAGAACAAGAGCAGCUGACCGUUAUGUGGCUAAGUUGGAUGAUAAAAGAGGAAGAGUACUUUGAGAGUGCUGCAGGGGUGACUGCAUCUUUUGGAGAAAUGCUUUUACUGGUUGCCAUGUACUUCCAUAGCAACCAGCUUAGUGCUAUUAUAGAGUUGGUCUGCUCAACGUUGGGAAUGAAGAUUGCUAUCAAACCAGGGUCACUGAGCAAAAUGAAGACUAUCUUCACGCAAGAAAUCUUUACAGAGCAGGUGGUAACAGCUCAUGCUGUCAGGGUACCAGUUACCAGUAAUCUCAGUGCCAACAUUACUGGAUUUUUGCCAAUACACUGCAUUUACCAACUUCUGCGGAGUCGGGCUUUCACCAAGCACAAGGUUUCUAUCAAGGACUGGAUUUACAAGCAGCUGUGUGAGACGGCUACCCCACUGCAUGCCCAGCUGCUACCACUCAUUGAUGUCUACAUCAACUCCAUCCUCACUCCUGCAUCCAAAGCAAGUCCUGAGGCUACCAAUCAGCCCAUCACUGAGCAGGAGAUCCUUAAUGUUUUUCAGGGACUCACAGGGGGAGAUGGUAAUCGCAGUCGCACACGUUUCAGCAUCACAUCCCAGCUUCUGGUCCUGUACUACAUUCUGUCCUAUGAGGAAGCGUUACUGAUAAAUACAAAAUCCCUCGCACUGAUGCAGAAGAAGCCAAAGUCUUACUCUGCAGCUCUUAUGGAUCAAAUCCCUAUUAAGUAUUUGAUUCGCCAGGCUCGAGGACUGCAACAGGAGUUGGGAGGUCUUCACUCUGCCUUACUCCGUCUUCUGGCCACAAACUACCCUCACCUCUGUAUGGUGGAGGACUGGAUUAGUGAGGAGGAGGUCACUGGAACAGUUCCUCUUUUGAGAAGGAUUCUUCUUCCCAAUAAUGCCAAACAGUAUUCUCAGAAGCAGCUUCAUGAAGCAUUCCAGAUGGUCCCAAGCAGUACUACUUGCCUGAUGCAGAUGUUGGAGCACCUCUCCCUAUUGUCAGCCAGUGACUUAAUUUUGUACGCAGAGGUGCUUACCUCAAAUAUGAAUCAGCUGCUUAAUCCUGGCAUUCCACGAAGGGUUCUUCAAACUGUCAGCAAUCUCUGGAUGGUUCUUAACACUGUGAUGCCCCGAAGGCUGUGGGUGAUGACUGUCAACGCACUGCUGCCCUCAAUAAAGUUGCACCGGCAGCAGAAGUACACACAAAAUGACCUGAUGAUUGACCCUUUAAUUGUCCUGCGCUGUGAUCGGAGAGUCUACAGAUGCCCUCCUCUAAUGGAUGUUACUUUGCACAUGCUGAAUGGCUACCUCCUUGCCUCUAAAGCCUACCUCAGUGCUCAUCUCAAGGAAACUUCUGAUCAUGACAGCAAGCAGUCACAAACCAUCACCAGUCUUGGACUGUCAGGUCCAGCAGAGGCCUCAGAGGUCACCCGAGAAGAGCUGAAGAAUGCGUUGCUGGCUGCUCAGGACAGUGCAGCUGUUCAGAUCCUUCUAGAGGUUUGUAUGCCCAAUGAAGAGGAGAAAAGCAAAGGCUAUGGCUAUGAGCCUCUGCCAAAGGGCAUUCACAGUUGUGAGUUGAAGAAGGAUGAGCCCCCCAAGAGCUUGUCUUCAUGCACAGAAGGGGCAGGAGACAGCCUUCUUAAUAACCUGCGGGAGGUGCAGUGUCUCAUCUGCUGUCUUCUUCAUCAGAUGUUUAUCGCAGACCCCAACAUUGCUAAACUUGUCCACUUCCAGGGUUAUCCUCGUGAGCUGCUUCAGCUAACUGUGGCUGGCAUACCCUCGAUGCACAUCUGUCUGGACUUCAUCCCAGAACUCUUAGCUCAGCCUCAGCUCGAGAAGCAGAUUUUUGCCAUCCAACUUUUGUCCUACUUGAGUACCCAGUAUGCCCUUCCCAAAUCCCUGAGCGUUGCACGCCUUGCCAUCAGUGUGAUGGGGACUCUGCUCACAGUUCUGACGCGAGCAAAGCGGUUCAUCUUCUUCAUGCCCACUCUGCCAUGCCUGGUAUCGUUCUGCCAGGCUUUUCCACCCCUCUAUGAUGACGUCACUUCAUUGCUCGUACAAAUCGGCCAGGUUUGUGCAUCAGAUGUGGCCACUAAAGCUAGCGACAUGGAUCCUCUGGUGGCACGAUUGCAGCAACUGAAGGAAAAGCAGCACUGUGACAAACCCAAAGUGCUUGGAAAACACGAGCCCUGUAAAGAGCGGACAAAUAGUGACCCGGACAUGCAGCUCUGCUACCGAAUCGAGGACACCUUCAUGGAGAUCAUUCACAGCACCGCGGUCGGAGUGUAGGUGCAGGGUGACGGAGUCCAGCAAACCUACCA